AUGGAGAGUGCAUUCUCUAAUAACAUUACAGACUUCAUCUUGCUGGGAUUCCCUGUGUUCCACACAUGGCACUGGAGUGUGUUUGGAAUCAUUUCCAUCAUGUACGUCUUAACUCUCACAGGAAAUAUCAUCAUUAUAACCAUAACCUGCACUGAUGUCCACCUUCACAGUCCCAUGUACUUCUUUAUCAGUAACCUGUCCUUUAUUGAAAUUUUAUACACGUCUGUAACAAUUCCCCAAAUCCUUGUUCUCUUAACUGGGAGGAACAAAAUUAUCUCUUUUAGAAGUUGUAUUGCCCAGUUUUAUUUUUUCUUCUGCUUAGGGUCCACUGAGUGUUUUCUUUUAUCGGUUAUGUCCUAUGAUCGAUAUUGUGCCGUAUGCAACCCACUGCGCUAUAAGCUAAUAAUGAGCGGCCCUGUGUGUCGUAACCUGGUUCUGGCUUGUUGGAUAAUGGGUUUUUUUCCCAACCUAAUUGCAACUUUCAUAAUUGCCAAUUUAAAGUUUUGUGGUAGAAAUAUUCAGCAUUUCUUUUGUGAUCUUUCACCUUUGCUGCAACUAUCAUGUCACAAUACAAACAAGCUGCAGACCUUAAAUUUCUUCUCUGCUUCUUCAAUAGUCUUGUUUUCAUUUGCUUUGACCUUGGGAACUUAUAUUUGUAUUAUAAUGACAAUCGCAACUAUCCCUUCCCUGACGGGGAAAUGCAAGGCUUUUUCGACCUGUGCUUCACACCUUACAGUUGUAGUUAUUUUCUUUGGGGCAGUGGCCUUUGUUUAUGUUCGCCCAAGAGCCAGUACAAAUUAUGAAUUAAAUAAAGUACUGUCUAUUGUUUACAUAGUAGUAACCCCUGUGCUAAACCCUCUGAUAUAUAGCUUUCGUAACAAAGAUGUAAAAAUGGGCAUUAAGAAAAUAUUUUUUCAACAAAAUAUUAUUAACCCUACGGUGUAUAUAAAAUAA